ACGACCCAGGUGGACGAGAAGGGCGCGUGGUGCGCGGAGUUCGCAGCGGAGUGCCCGUGGCGUGGCAGCAGCCGUCGUGGCAACGCACAGCUCGAAAAACAACCUGUGAUUUCGUUGGAGAGAGUGAGAAGAAAGCAAACAAUACGAUGAGCUUCCAAACUGGCAAAGAGACGAUCGCGUCUGCGUCUGCCGCGCCGUCCACCGCGCCGCCCACUGCUCUACCAGGCUUGCUUCACCGCCGUUACUCCGCGCCGGAAACUGUCAUGCGCAAGUACCGCUUGGAGCAACUGAGCGUUCAGGAAUUGAACAGCGCCCCCGAGGCGUGCCGCUGCGCCUUAAGUGAUGUCGAGGCCGGAUCCGCGGGGGCGGCACGGCGAGAGCGCACGCCGGCCCGUCGUUCGGCUCUGCUGCACCGGCUCCGCGGCCGCGUCACCUGCGCAUGCGCCUGCCGCUGCGCGCCCGCCUCCCGCUCGCUCGAUACCUCCCGCUCGGAGCUGCGCCCGACCUCUUCCGCUUCCGUCUCCGGACACACCUCACCGAAGCCGCUACGGUUCGAAUCCAGCACUAUACCGUCCCGACUCGGCGUUUCGUCUUCUGCCGAAAGAGACGCGGCGAUCUCAUCAUUUACAGAUAGAGACAUACGAAUUGGUUCUGCUUCGGAUAUGAGUUAUAGAGAUGUAUCGGAAACCGGUCUCCGACGUUCCGGAAUCACGACCGUCUGUAGCGAUGGCACCGGAGAAUGCCGCGAUGGAAUGUCAUUAGUAGAUUCGAGCGACACUGUCACGCUGCCCACAUGCACGACGAGAGACGUCACGCGGACGGCGUCCAUCUCGGCCGCUGCUCGAGCUGACAAUGUGCAACUCGGCAAUGUUCUUUCUAGGGAGAGUCCGCUGACGACUCGACCUCGAUCGUACGAUAUCCUCGAAAUCGUCGUCUCGGAGUCGUUGGAUACUAAUUACACUUCCGGCUCCAACGUGUCCUUAUCUGACAAUAUACAAAAUCGUCUCGAAAAAAAACCGCCAGAGAAAUAUAGUUCGUAUAAAGAUAUUUCAGGUGAAAAUAUCGACGAGUACGUUUCUAGUAUAUUAGUAGAAAGUUUGAAUUCGUUGACCGACCAAUUGGAAUCUAUGAACGCAUCUAUCGGUGUCAAUGGGAAAUUGAACAUUAUUGAAAAGGAGAUAAAAAUCAAGUUACAAAACACGGGAGUGAACACUAUCGUGCACUUGAGCCCCACUUCGAACAAUCAAAUAAUAUUUGGUCAAGAGGAGCUAUGUAGCAGCGAGGAGCGGCGCGAGGGGCGCGGCCAACCCGGCGCGCCCUCGCCGGCGCCGCGAGACGAGUCCGCCGCCGCCGCUGCCGCCGUCGCCGUCGCCGGCCACUCCACGCGACCCGAAAUAGCGCACGACUCCAACAGAGCAGUCUUGCAACAAAUACAAAGACUGUUUCAGGAUGACUUUCAACUGUUAGAACGCGAUGCGCGUUAUUCUAAUGAAAGUAUGUCUAGUAUAUCUCACAUAGAGAUAUCUAAGGCUGAUGUCUAUAUGGAAAAUGAACCCGUGUCUUAUUCGACGACAGCAGAAACUAUCAAAAAUCCUGCGAGCUCCGAGGCCUCGGAAGUGAUAAGCGGAGUCGGAGCAGGCAACUACUAUGAAAACAUCGCCGACAACGCGCUCGUUGCUCGCUUUUCAGCUUUUCCUCACACGGAGUCGAUGGUCGUAAACACUUCUUCCUCGGAGGAUCACGACCUGCACGGUUCCGAAUGUGCGAGUCUCGUGGACAGCUUAGACGAUCCCAAUUCGCCGCGAUUGCUCGCGUUCAGCAAAUCCACUGGCAGGAGAAGCGAGCUCGUGAGAUCCUCUAUCGAUGUCUUAGAUUUGUUGCCCGAAAACACAUGUCGAACAGAGAGUGCCGCUUCUAAAGACAAAAGUGAAGCUUUUUUUGUCACAAUUAAAGAUGAUCAUUGUGAAUAUGAACGCGAAAAUAAGGAUAUUGUAGUGGCUGAUCAUAUGCCGGAAACUAUAAAGCAAAGAUUGUACAGGAGACAUAGAAAUAGGGAACUCCGCCUGGAGCGAGCGCGGCGCAGCAAGACGCAGCAGCUGCGCCGCGAACUGACUCAACAGCGCCACGGCCACCAGUGCAGCGCCCGGAAGGAGAUAGACCGACAGGGUAUGUCCCUCAUUAAAUCGCUAAUCGAUGACGCCAUUUUAAAAAUAAUCCAAGAUGAGCUCAAAUGUAUGAGGAUAAAACAAAAGUCGGUCCUGAUGGUGUCGGCAAAGUCUGAUGAAUCCUUGUGUGCAAAGAACAGGAAGACAGACGUCGACCUUAUCAGUCAUUGUAAAAAAAUAUCUAAAACCAAUACAUCGCAGUCGUAUCCUGACGGUAUCGACAAAAGGUACAGGAAAGAAAAAUUCCAAAUACGAGGCAAAUUGUCUCUUCAGUCCUAUCCUUCAUCACCGCUUGAUGAUAGCAAGUCAAAAAGAAUUUAUCAAAAAUCCGAAAUACAUGAUGGAAAAAGAUGCAUUGAAAUCUUAGAGAUAUUAGAGUACGUCAGCAGUUCGGCGAGCUCCCCCGACACGUGCAACUCUGAAGAAAACCUCAGUGCUAAGGUCAAGAAAUCGCGAAUCCCCAUCCCAGUAUCUGACAGAGUAGGCUCCCAACAGAUUCAAACUAGUAAGAGCUCAGCCAAUUCAUCUGAAGCCUCUUCCCCCAGCUUCCUUUACAACGAGGAGAAUAUGAACAUACAUUCACCAAGUACAGCGCGCGAGUUGAGUGUGAGGACGGACGCGCGAGCCGAUGGCGCCACUGUCACUGUCCGGCGGCGCACCGCCGUGCCCCACUGCGAACCACGAUCUCGAUCAAACUCUCUUCGCUUUAAACGUAUAUUUGAUAUGAUACCAGAAGAAAAAAGCAUCGUGAGUAUGGAGACGAAAAAUGAAGAUCAUACGUACCGGCGCCUCGCGUCGUUACCAUCCUUGAACGACGACCCGUCUAACGCUGAAAAAGGCUAUAAUACGGAAGAAGCUCUAAAAAUUUGCCGCACGUCUGUCGGAACCGUGAGUGUAAACUUGACCGCUGAUCCGACGAUUGGAAAAGAGACGAGGAGCGCCGGUACUUCUCCCAUGCCCAGUGGAAUAGUACAUCGCAGUGUAUUGACGCAAACCCACGCUGCAGGGUCAUCGACUUCGCCUAACCGAUCUGUAGCUACGAGUCCUAUUAGAAAUAUGUCCAUGUCUACACAGACUCUCUCGCCUCCGCGAAAAAGUGGUUCGAACCAAUAUCCAAAGAUUAAAUUCCAACAGCAAGUUUCGCAAACUUUGCACCGUCGUCGAGAGCAAUCGCGCGAGUCGUGCGCCCAGCAGCAACCGCAGCCGCCGCAGCCGCCGCCAGGUGGAGGAACAGGACGUAGGGAGAAGAAAGGUCGACACAAUGAAGUAUUACGGCUCCCGCAGUGCGGCGCGGGGCUGGGCAGUACGGGAGGCACGGCGGACUGCUCCAGCUCCAGUUCGAGCGAGUCGGGUGGGCUGCUGUGCGCGUUGGCGCCAGGCUGGCUGCAUGCGCGUCGCCGCCGUCGCCGCCUCGCCAGCGACGCAGGGCAGUGGGCGGUCACCGUGGCCGGCUCGUGCCGCGCUGCGCUGCCGACCGACGUCGAGAUGAGACUGCGCUUCCCGGACACCGCGCCCGCCGCCUGCGCACCUCCACCACCCGCUGCGCCGCCGGCCCAGCAUCUUUGCCGAGCUGAGAGACGCGGCUCGCGCAGGUCGACGCCUCCCGCCCGCGUCGCGCUCGCGCUCACCAAGGAAGCCUCAGAUUCUUCAAUUCUUGCGUCGAAGAGUUUGAAGAAGUCAGUGGACUCUCUGCCCGACGUGGAGACUUUCCGCGCCUCUCGCACCAGCACCAAGCAAUCCGUCAAGACGCGGCGUUGCUCCCUGGCCUGUUGGCUGCCCCACCAGCCGCACGACGCCGCGCGCCCUUUGCCAAGUGAGGCGUUGUCGGUAAGAGGCGCCGCCAUCGUGCCGUCACGCAAGCCGCGCGCCCCGCGCCCCCCGCGCCCUCCGUGCCCCCGGCGCCCCCAUCGUCCGCCGCACCUCCCGCGGCCCGCCGACGCUAGUAACCACCGCGACCUCUGCGACCUUUACGACCACCACCUUGCAUAAAAUGUGACAUGUAAAGUAAAUUAUGAACGAGCAAAAUA